AUGCAUGCUUCUGAUAUAGAAUCAGUGGAGCUAGCUUCUUAUAGACUGUGGGAUGUGGCCGCAGUAUGGUAUGAGUCCUGGCAAGAGUCGAGGGGGCAGAAUGCACCUCCAGCAGUAUGGUCCGAAUUCACCAGGGCCUUUUUAGAUCAUUAUCUACCAGCUGAAGUUUGUCGAGCUAGGGCUGAUGAGUUUCUAUUGUUUCGCCAGAACAAUAUGAGCGUUCAGGAAUAUAGUUUGAAGUUUAACUCCUUGUCUAGAUAUACUCCGACGUUGGUAGCUGAAAUGGAAGAUAGGGUACACCGUUUCGUGACUGGACUUGUGCCUCACUUGAUUAAGGAUUGUAUGACGGCUUCAUUACAGGGUGGCAUGGAUAUUGCUCGUAUCCAGGCUUAUGAUCAAAAUUUAGAGGACCUUGAACAUCAACAACGGACUGAGCAAGACCCAAAUAGGGGUCGUUAUAAGCGGGCUGGAUCCGCAGGUUAUUCAGGUGCUUAUCAGGAAGGUUCUACUUCAGCGCCAGCAGGUAGAGGUAGGGGAAGAGGCCAGACAUCUGGGUCAAGCAGCAGUAAGAAUCGUAUUUAUGCACUUACAGGGCGACGGGAUCUUGAGUCGUCCUCGGAUGUUGUGACAGGUAUUUUAUCCAUCUGUUCUUACGAUGUCUAUGCAUUGAUUGAUCCGGAUUUCACACUAUCUUAUAUCACUCCUUAUAUUGCUGAUAAGUUUGGUAUUAAGCCUGAAUAUUUGGUCAAGCCUUUCUUAGUUUCUACCCCGAUCAGGCAACCUGUUGUUGCGAGACGAAUUUAUCGUAAGUGUGUGGUUAUGAUAUGUGGCCGUGAAACUUUUGCUGAUUUAGUGGAGUUAGAAAUGGAUGUAUUCCUCAAUGAAUUACUAGGUCUCCCUCUCGAAAGGGAAAUUGAAUUUGCGAUUGAUGUGCAUCCGGGCACUCAGCCCAUCUCCAUUCCUCCUUACCAUAUGUCCCCUGCCGAAUUGCGGGAAUUGAAGAGUGCUAAAUGCUUCUUGAAGAUUGACUUAAGGUCAGGGUAUCAUCAACGAUGUGUAAAAGGGGAAUACAUUCCAAAGACAACCUUUCGAACGAGAUAUGGGCAUUUUGAAUUCUUCUUUAUGUCUUUCGGAUUGACAAAUGCUCCUGCGGCAUUUAUGGUGCUAAUGAACACAGUAUUUCGGCCCUUCUUGGAUGUUUUCGUUAUUGUAUUCAUUGACGAUAUCUUGGUACACUGUUGUUCUGAGACGGAACAUGCUGAUCUCCUCCGCAGGGUGUUGCAAACAUUGCGAGAUCAAAGACUGUAUGCCAAAUUUUCCAAAUGUGAAUUUUGGCUAACUUCAGUUGCUUUUCUUGGCCAUAUUGUGCCUAAUGAGGGCAUUAAAGUUGAUGAUCGGAAGAUCGAAGCCGUUAAGAAUUGGCCCCAACCAACAACCGCUUCGAAAAUCCAAAAUUUCUUGGGUGUUGCUGGAUAUUAUCAAAGAUUUGUAGAGGGAUUUUCUUCUAUAGCAGCUCCCCUUACAAAAUUAACUCAGAAAGGGGCUAAGUUUCAAUGGUCAGAAGCCUGCGAGCGGAGUUUUCAGAAAUUGAAGGAUAAGUCGACAUCCGCUCCGGUUCUUACCCUCCCCGAAGGCACCGAGGGUUACGUUGUAUAUUGUGAUGCAUCACGUACAGGUCUGGGGCGUGUACUGAUGCAAAAUGGUAAGGUAAAGAUCGAACUCAGAAACCCAGUGGCUUAUUACAAGAAAUGGAGAUCCCAGCGUAGAAGUAGGAAGUAA